AUGGUCAAGCCAACGAAUCCCCUGGCCCUGGCAGCCUUCGGCGUCUCGAUGGCCGUAGCCGGCGUCGCAGCAACGUCCUGCAUCGUCACCGUCACCGUCACGGCCACCGUGGCAACCGUCGCCGCGGCACGGCCUUCGUCUUGCUUCCCGACCGAGCUCGACUGCGCUGUGCUCGUGUCCUACUGCGGCGUGCCCCCUUUCACGGCCACGUCGUCGGCGUCGGCGUCGUCGUCUGUCCGAGGCCCGCCUGGGUCUCGGCCGCCGCCGCCCAUCGAAACUCUUCCUUACGGGCGGAAGUCCUCGGAGCACGGCGCUACGACGACGACAACGGUCCUGGGAGAGGUGACCCGGCUCGUCCCCGUGCCGGAAUCGACUCCCCGUGCCUCCUUGUCGGCGUCGUCCGCUUUGGGUGCUCCGGUCGAUGACCAGCUUUCCGGCACGUCCCGCGGGCCUCUUUGGGGACACAAUACCUACGAGAGGGCCAACUGCUCGACCUCGAUUUGUACCGGCACUCACACACGGCCCGCGCCCCGAUAUGGCUCUUCAUCAACCCACGGCGAAGCCAUUCUCACCGCCGUCUCGUCCGCCGGCGCAACGGGCUCCAUCUCGGCAUCCUCAAGCGUGGCAGGAUCUCCGGCAUCGUCACAGGCCAGCGAAGGGACCACGGCGUGGCCCGGGCAUCAUGCUCCCUCGUCCUCGGGCGCCGGUUCCACGCCAUCCAUGUCUAAGCCCAGGACCGACACGCCGGGCGGCUACGAGUUUUCCAUCCCGGUGCCGUCCCCGAUGCCCUCUGAUGUCCGGGGCUCUUCCACCGCCACGAGUUUCAGCGAGUCCGUCGACGCCGCCACAGGCAGCGGCUCGACCUCUUCCGACGCAGGAGUCUCCCCGGGCACGACGCUGCUCACCACGAGAAAGCCCCCCGCACAAAGUCCCAUGAGCAGUACAGGCCCCCCGGCCGGGCCGGCGACGGCGCCAUACGAGCCGUCGUCUAGCGAGGCAUCCUCGGCCGAAGCCCCGUCCUACACGGAGCCACCCUCCUACCGCACCCGCGUCAGACCUUCCAAGCGCUGA